CAGCCUUCUGUGAGUUCUCCAAGCUGCUUCAGCACACGGACACCUACAUCCCUAUCAGUGCUUUGGAAGCUUAUAUUCGACGUCUAGCAGACACCAUAUUCUGAGAUGUCACAUCAAGCAAGAUAUAUGUUGGUUUCUUUACCAACCUCAAUAUCGCCUACCAAUGACCGUGAUGAGGCAUUCACAGCUCUUCAAUCUACUGUAUCUUCAGAUUUCGGCACUGUCUCUCCAUUUUCCAUUCCCGAGUUCAAGAUUGGCACCCUCGAUGCGCUCGUACAGCAAGCGGACGAGCUGGCAAAAUUGGACGCUGCCUGUGAAGGGGUCAUUGGCAAAGUUGGCGAUUCAUUGCGAAGCAUACUCGGUGGGGAUGAGAGUAAGCUCAACCAGCAGAAGAGGGUUGCUGAGAAACCUGUCGACCAGUACCUGCGCUCCUUUAUCUGGAACAAGGUCAAGUAUCGAGCAGACAAACCGAUUGCCGAGUUAAUUGACGCUCUACAGAAGGAGAUUUCCAGCAUUGACAAUGAUGUUCGAAGCAAGUAUAAUCAAUACAAUCAAGUAAAGACAAAUCUGGUUGCUCUGCAACGAAAACAGACCGGCAAUCUCUCUACGCGAUCACUCGCGCAGCUUGUCGACCCUUCCGUUAUGAUUCAAGGGUCCGAGUAUCUCGAAACACACCUUGUCGCAGUCCCUUCUCAAGCUGUUAAAGAUUUCUAUAAAUCCUACGAAACGGUAUCCUCAAUGGUUGUUCCUCGAUCAUGCAUUUCCAUUACUUCAGACGACGAGUACACAUUGUUCGCUGUAACCACUUUCAAGAAAUACAGCCAAGAGUUCAUACAUAAUUGUCGCGAAAGAAGAUGGACACCGCGAGACUACACUUAUAGAGAGGGAGGGCGAGAAGAAGAGCUCAGAGAAGUUGACCGCCUGAGCAGGGAAGAGCGGAAGCUUUGGGGGGAGACAUUGAGGUUGGGCCACACUGGAUGGAGUGAGGCCGUCAUGGUGUGGGCACAUGUUUUGGUGCUACGAGUCUUUGUCGAGACCGUCUUACGAUACGGUUUACCCCUUUCAUUUGUUUGCGGUUUGAUAAAGACGUCUCCUAAAUUCGCCAAAAAGACGAAGGAUGCACUUGAUGCCUCGUAUUCAUACCUCGGAGGAAAUGCUUUCGGCCGUGACAAAAAGGGCCGAGUAAAGAGAGAUGAUUCCGCUGUCUCUGAAAUGGCAGCGGUUGGACACGGAGAUGGUGGAGAAUACAACGCCUUUGUGUUUUACGAAUUUGAGAUCAAUUGACGACGAGCACGUCUUGUAGGCAUUUCAAUCUGACAAAUCACGAUCACAGUCGAUGUUGGCUCGAUCUUUGUACAGGAACGAUUCUAUUUGUUUUAAGAUCUCUAUAUACCUCAAAUUCUAUUUGUAGCUCUCUCAU